GUUGCAAAAAGAACAGCAACAAUGGCGAAAGCUCUCUCCUACAUAUUUUGAUCUUUUUCUCUUCUUUUUAUAUCCCUUUUUAUGUCUUCGUUUAUGAUCGCUGCUGGAGAAAUGGAGACUCCGGUGGGUUUAAGAUUCUGUCCGACCGACGAGGAGAUCGUCGAUGAUUACCUCCGGCCAAAAAAUCUGGAAACUGACACGAGCCGUGUAGAUCAAGUCAUUAGUACUGUCACUAUCUGUAGCUUCGAUCCUUGGGAGUUACCUUGUCAGUCCAGGAUCAAAUUGAAAGAUAAGUCUUGGUGUUUCUUCAGCCGUAAGGUAAACAAAUACGACAGAGGUGAGCAACAGAUCAGAAAAACGAAAUCUGGGUAUUGGAAGAUAACUGGUAAACCAAAGUCUAUCAUACGCAACCGUGUUAAGAUCGGUGCGAGAAGGGUUUUGAUGUUUUACUUGAGUAAGGAACUCGGUGGCUCCAAAUCCGAUUGGGUUAUGCACGAGUACCACCUUCUCUCCCCUGUUCAGAUGAUGAUGACAUACACCAUCUGUAAAGUAACGUUUAAGGGUGAAGAGAACGAGGUUUCUUCUCCCUCUGCUGGUAGUGAAAUUGAGCAGAGUCGCUCUUUAAUCCCUUUACAUCUUGUGAACAAUUCUGGAGGAUCUGAGGAUUCAAGUCAGUUUGGUUUGCAGGAAGAGGCUCAUCAACUCGAUGAUGCAGCAAUUAUAGCUAGUAAAGAGGAGGAAUGGAAAACAUGGUUGAAUGAUAAUGAUGGUGAGGAGAGGAAUAUCAUGUUUUUGCAGGACAAUCGCAACGAUUACAGACCUCCACAGUCAUUGACUGGUGUCUUCACUGACGAUAGCAGUGAUGAUAAUGAUUCUGAUUUUCUAUCUCCAGCCACCAAUUCUAUUGGAACUUCGAGCACUUGUGAUGAUAGUUUUGGUAGCUCAAAUCAUCGCAUAGACCAAAUCAAAGACCUGCAAGAGCCUCCUAAUUCGACAGUCGAGUUAGUGUCACCACUAACUCAAGAGGUGAGCCAAGCUCUCAGAACUAAUGUUGAUACAAAUGAGAUGAAGAAGAAGAUGAAUCCUUGUGAUGAUGCACGUGGGACUGAGAUUGGAGAGCAUAAAUUGGGUCAAGAGAUGAUCAAGAAGAACAAAAGAACUGGUAACUUCUUUCUCAGGAUGGUACAAAAAUUCGUCAAGAAAAUUCGCCUAUGUUCUCCUAUCUCAAGAACAUGAUGUUAAAUAAAUGAGAUCACAAACAUCAAACAUGAAACACCUUUUGUUCUUCUAAUCUUGUUUUGUAACUUUUUUUCAUACUG